AUGAAGCUCUUUGAGACAAAGAAGAGUGAGAAAUCACUGUACACCCACAGCAACUCUGAGGAGCCACCCAAUUUCUGUGCUGCAGGCACUGGGAAGCCCAAUCCUGGUUCUGACAAAGACAACACAAAGGGGAUUUUGCCACCAGUAUCAAUGGCAACCAAUGUAGGGACAUGGAAGGCUGUUCUUGCUGCUUCUGUGUCACUGGAGAAGCAUGAACUCGACCCUGACGUGUUCUUGCUCCAUUGCAGAGGUUUUCCAGAAGCUCUCUCUCACCAGACUGGAUCUCACACGCAUUUUCGGCAGUGUUACUGGGAGCUAAUCACACCCCAAAACGCGGCCCCGCGGCGCAUCUCCCACGAAAACAGCACCGCAAGGGGCGGCACUCGGGACACGCGCGGAGAGGACGGCGGCGGAGCUGGGUGGGGCAGGGGAGCGGGGGGAGGCGCGGACCGGUGGCACCGGCACCAGUGGCACCGGUGGCACCCUGCGCGGGGUGUCACCGCUCACGCUCGCCGCUCGGUAGAGCUCCGAGCUGUCCGGAGAAGGGGCGCGGGCCGGGCGGGGCCCCGCGCGUUGGUGCCCGCGGGAUCGCGGACGGGGCUCGCGGAGGAAAUUGAGGUUUUCCUUCUUUCUUCUUCUUUUUUUUUUUUUCCCCUCCUUUUUUUUUUCCCUUUUUAUUUUUUUCUGCUGGGAAGGGGAUGCGGAGGCGGCGGGCGCGCAGCCCCGCCCGCCUGGCACGGCUGGCCCCGGCCGGCGCUGCAGCCCUCACCUUCCCCUCCGCCUCCUCGCACCUUGCCUGCUUGUCUGUCCUUUCGCUCUCAAACACCACAUGUGUUUCAUUUUGACGUUUUUGUGGGAAAGAUAGCGUUCAAAGGGCGAGCAGCAGCCUUUGGCACCGUGUGCUGGGGCUUGGCAAAUAAGUGUGUCAUCAGUAAUUCAUUUAUUUUAGACGAUCCAGACCUGAAAGAUAUUGACCCUACAGUAUUAAAACAUUGCCAUGCUGCGGCUGCAACGUGUAUUCUGGAGGCAGGGAAGCAGAAAGCUGACAUAUCUGCUAUAAGCACGUGCCUAGAAGACUGCAAACUGGAUAAAGAGAGAAUAGAACAAUUUUGCACCGAAUAUCAGAAAAACAAGGAUGCAUUGGAAAUCCUAUUGGGAAGCAUAGGCAGAUCUCCUCUCCAUAUAACUGAUGUGUCUUGGCGCUUGGAAUAUCAGAUCAAGAACAAUCAACUUCAUAAAACUUACCAGCCUUCCUAUUUGGUGACCUUAAACGUAGAGAACAGUGAUUCAGGAUCACACCCAGAUGUUAGUUUUAGUUGUACAAUGGACCAAUUACAGGACUUAGUGGGAAAGCUAAAAGAUGCUGCAAAAAGUCUAGAACGAGCGACUCAGAUGUGAUUGAAGGAAGGUGUCAGCCUGCUGAAGCACUCUCCUUCCUAAGUGUCUCCUAAAUGACAAAUGUCUUUCAUCUCUUGAUGCAAACCGGGGUUUUUUUAAGUCCUUGGAUGUGAAUUAAGUGAAUUUUUUACGUCUGCACUGGGUAUUCCCUUCUCAUGUAGUUGGUUUUUUUUGGUGUUUUUUUUUUUUUAUUAACUCCUGUUAAAUAUUUGCUGAACUGUCGUGUCAUCAAAGUAUUCCUUCUAUCCUAUUUUGUAUAUUUUUACAACUGUCACUGCUUAUUUUUCUCUGUGAUCUAAUAAAGGUUUAUUCGCGCC